UUUCAGAGAAGCUGCCUAAGGUCCCACAGUGGGAAAGGAUGCAUCCAGAUGAUCAGCUUUCCAUUUCCGCGUGCUUAAUGCCCUGCUCCAUCCGGGCUUCCAUCUGAGAGGCAAAACCACCAGGGAUGAUUCCAAGUGAUUUGUUUUUAAGGACUGGACUUUGUGCCAUAGCAGGAACUCCUUACAUGCUCCACACAAGUCUGUUGCUUCUUUGUCUGCUCCCAGUCAGCCUGGCAAAGAGAGCUGGGCAUGAAGGAAACGUAAAGAGAAACCCGAGUCACAGGGAUGAGCGGCUAGGACUCUCCAUCAUGGGCCGGAAACCAUGCUGGCCUCUCUCCAUCUCCAACCGCCAUCUGGAUGUAGCUUCCAGGAGCUACAAGGCCACUUUGUCGAGAGCACACACACCUCGGCCCAGGGUCCCAGAUGCUGAAGGAAGUCCGGUAGGAUCUGCACGGCUGCCACCCCACACCAACCAGGACAUGGACCUCGCGCGCCUGUGGCUGGGGCUUCUGCUGCCCGUGGUGACCGCCCUGGAUUUCCGAUACCACCACCAGGAAGGGAUGGAGGCGUUCCUCAAGAGCGUUGCCCAGGACUACAGUUCGAUCACGCACUUGCACAGCAUCGGGAAGUCUGUGAGAGGUAGAAACCUGUGGGUUCUCGUCGUGGGGAAGUCUCCAAAGGAACACAGAGUUGGAAUUCCAGAAUUCAAAUACGUGGCUAACAUGCACGGGGAUGAGACCGUGGGGCGGGAGUUGCUGCUCCACCUGAUCGACUAUCUGGUGACCAGUCACGGGAAAGACGCCGAAAUUACACACCUAAUCAACAGCACCCGGAUCCACAUCAUGCCGUCCAUGAACCCCGAUGGAUUUGAAGCCGUCAAGAAGCCCGACUGUUACUACAGUAACGGAAGGGAAAAUUACAACAAUUACGACCUGAACAGAAACUUCCCGGAUGCCUUUGAAAACAACAACGUGUCAAAGCAGCCUGAGACGCUGGCCAUCAUGAAGUGGCUGAAAACGGAGACGUUUGUCCUCUCGGCGAAUCUCCAUGGCGGUGCCCUGGUGGCCAGCUACCCCUUCGACAAUGGCGUGCAAGCCACAGGGACGCUGUUGUCCCGAAGCCUCACUCCAGACGACGACGUCUUUCAGCACCUCGCGUACACCUAUGCUUCCCGGAACCCCAAUAUGACGAAGGGAGACCAGUGUAAAAACAAAAGGAACUUCCCCAAUGGAAUCACUAACGGGUACUCCUGGUAUCCGCUGCAAGGUGGAAUGCAAGAUUACAACUACAUCUGGGCCCAGUGUUUUGAAAUUACGUUGGAGCUGUCCUGCUGUAAAUAUCCUCGAGAAGAGAAGCUGCCCAUGUUUUGGGAUGAUAACAAGGCCUCUUUGAUUGAAUAUAUAAAACAGGUGCACCUAGGUGUAAAGGGUCAAGUGUUCGAUCAGAGUGGAAAUCCAUUGCCGAAUGUCAUCGUGGAAGUCCAAGACAGAGAACACAUCUGCCCGUUUCGAACCAACAAGCUUGGAGAGUACUACCUGCUUCUCUUGCCGGGGUCCUACGUGAUCAACGUUACAGUCCCGGGACAUGACCCAUACCUCACCAAGCUGACGAUCCCCCGGAAGUCCCAGACCUUCAGUGCUCUUAAAAAGGAUUUUCACCUCCCGUUGCGAGGGCCGCUGGAUUCCAUCCUUGUAUCAGAUCCUUCGUGCCCAACGAUUCCUCUGUACAAACUACGGCCAAACCACUCGGCUGCGACAACACCCAGUUUCUUCGUGUUCUUCGUGGCUCUUUUGCACAUAUUUUUCAAAUAAAGUAGAAUGUGAGACUCGAGCCCCGUCACCACGUGGAAUCAGGGAUUGGUCACCCCAGGUUACGGCAACUGUCCCUCUUGGGAGACGGCAACCGGGAUAAACUCCACUGCUUUCCCCAAGAGGAACACUGGACGUUUCCAAACCCAGCAGAGAGCAACAGUACCACCAUAAAAGAGAUCCUCAGUCUGGAUGAAUGGAGGUCACUGCCUAGCAAGUGCCGCCCACAUAUGCUCCAUCUUGAGGUAGUCCCGGAAAUUUGAAAGAAACUUGAGAAGCAAAACAGACAUCCCUAGAAGAAUUUUAAAAAAAGUUAAUUUUUGUAUACAGAAAUCCAAAUGGAUCCAAGCAGCAAUGAUGGACACUUCCUGAUCACGUUCUAUGCACGACCUUGCCAUGAGUGCUGUUUGUAAAGAGCUAAUACUACUACGUACAAGUGGUUCUCCCUACAGGAAGAAAUUUCUAGAUAACAGGACUAAGAACAUUUACUUUUCCAGCGUUCUAAGGAGAAAUGAGAGGAAAUGGGCAAACACGCCCGACGUGUGUACAGAACGCAACAGACGAAGUGGCCUCUGGUGCCAGUGCCCUUGCCUCCCUGCACCUGAUGCCACGGUCCUGUUAAGAUGCCCCCCACGUAGGUAAUCCUGGUCUCUUGCCUGAGACCCCGAUGCAGGCCAAGCUGCUCACUAGACACACCCACCUGGAUAGACCUAUACGAACUUCACCACAUCCUGUUGACGGUUGAGACACCACCCGCCGCCGUGUGAGGGCUGAUCCUGCUCCGUGCGUCCUUGGUCCUUUCUUCAUUACGUGGAUCCAGUCAGUCACUGAAAGCGGCUGUAUUGAUUCAGCCCAUCCUCUCCAGGAUAGUUAGCUCCCCUCACUGCUGACCCAGCUCCACUGUCUCUCGCUCCCAGGUAUAUCUCUUUGCCAGGUCCAUCUUCCACACAGCCCUGGAGGAAGGGGGCUGCCCAAAAGCCCUUCCGCUCCCUAAAUGCAACACAGUGCUCUAAGUCCCAGAUCUGGAUGUCAUUCUGAUUGUACCGCAUCUUGUUUCCCACUCAGUAAAAAAACUCCACUCCAAGCAUCAUCUUCAACCAGCCUUGGCUUUCCUCUCGCGUGAAAUUCCAAAUGACCUGGGUCAAGGCCAGUCCUCUUGGACCCUUCAAAUGAGCUGGUUGUCUUGGUUACUAGUUUCCAGCACAACGGUGCUAUCUACUUCGUGCUGGCUUUCUCUGGUACAGCAUGGGCUCUUCCAGGCCAGGCUCUACUUGUUGGAAAAGCUCACUCCUGCGUCCUCAGAGCCUAGCACAAAAUAGGAAAGAAAUGGUUGGGGGAAGUGUCUCAGCAACCUGCUACAGACCUUCCCAGAACGGUAGAGAUUUGAGCAGUUUUAUGGAAGUAAGUUUUAUAUUUGGCAACAUCCAGCUCACUGGUGGAGAGAGAGAGAGAGAGAGAGAGAGAGAGAGAGAGAGAGAGAGAGAGAGAGAGAGAGAGAGAGAGAGAGGAGAGAGAGACUUUUCAUGGAUACAUCAAGAAAAACAAUUCAAAGUGAAUGCACUGUAAGGCUGGGUAUGAGGGCGUUUGCUAGCUGUUAGCUGCACUAUGCACUACCUUCUAGACCAGAAAAAAAAAAAUCUUACAAUCAGUUGGAAGUAGAAGUGUCCUUCUGUGAAAGUAAAUUUAUUCUAACUCACUGCAAGAAUUAAGAGGAGGCCAGGUGCGGUGGCAUGUGCCUUUAAUCCCAGCACUCAGGAGGCAGAGGCAGCUGGGCCUCUGAAUUCUAGGCCAGCCUGGUCUACACAGCAAGACACUGUCUCAAAAACAGAUAGGUAAAUAAAUAAGGAUAAAGAGCAAACAGGAAAGUCAAUAGCAACUCUGGUUCCCGCGCGCGCGCGCUGUGAGUUUUCCAUGGGAACUGAGUCACCUGGCUCUUCAAACACAAGCCUUGGAUGGCUGUGAAACCAGGCAGGGCCUGGCACAUGGUGAAGCCUUGAGACUCUAAAGGACUGAAGGGAUACAUGGGCCCCUUGAUGCCCUCUCUUGGUGCCAAACUUACUCUAUAUUUUAAUCGAUAGUAUGUGUAGUGUUUUUUUUUUUAACCACUUCUAAAUUUGAAAAUAGCAUGAAUAUCUUGAUCACUGUAUUUAAGUAAGCCUUAGCUGAUAUCUUGGAAAGUGUACAUUAAUCAUAGUUCAGAAAGUGAUUUGGGUACAUUUACAUUUAAAGUACAUAAGAUUAAGCCAGGGGUGGCGGCUAGCGCCUGUAAUCCCAGCUCUUGGGAGGCUGAGGCAGGAAUAUCGACACAAGUUCAAGACCAGCCUGGACUAUAAAUGAGACCCAUCUUAGAAAAACAGUAAAAUUUGUUAAGAGUGAACUUGGUUUGCCAUCAGCUGGAUGGUCUGAAUUCUGAUCUACCCUUUUCUAGGGUCGUUUUUAAAGAAAAUGGGCUUUUUUCUGAAUUGGCUCCUGGACCUAACAGAAAACGUGUUACUAAAACAACUUGCACGUGGAUGUGUCUUACUGGAGAGGCCCAGGGCUUUGCACACACAGGAAGAGAGCUCUGCCGUGGAGGCCCAGCUUCUCUUUUGUUUUGUUACUUUUUGUUUUGACGCAAGGUCUCACUAACUCGUGUGGGCUGGACCUGAAACUCCAUGCUGGCUUUGAGUCUGCCUGCCUUAGCCUCCGGAGCAGCUAUUACGGUCUGGACUAUGUCCUUCUUAAAAUAACAUUACUUAAAUCAGAAGUCUGUAUCAAAACCCAAGGUAAACUCAAACAGGGAGAGGAGGUGUGGCUCGGUGAUAAUGUGCUUAGCUUGCGCAGUCUUGGGUUCAGUCUCUACUAACUACCCCCACCCUCAAGACAAACCAUGACCGUGAAAUUAUUCUAUGGUCUGGGUCCUCAAAAGUCUGAGGUUCCAAAUUCAGGGGUAACCCUUGCAGAGAGAACAGUGCACGCUGGAUGAAGAGCCAGGCUCACAGUGGUCCUGUCGGGCAGCUGCAGCGGAGGUACAGACCACGUUUUGGUGCUCCUUCAGGUAGAGAAAGCACAAUGAAUACUUGGGUGAGUAACUCCUUUGAAGGCAGCUCACCGUCUCAAAGGUGAGCUGGAAACGAAAAGACUGGUUAGCAAGAAUCGUGUCAUUUCCAAGGAAACUUUCACAAAGUUGACCUAGCUCACUUGUGUGCCUAUUCAAACUGGGAUGGUUGAAGUCCCAGCACUCAGGAGGCAGAGGCAGGUAGAUCUCUUGAGUUUAAGGCCAGCCUGGGCUACAGAGUGAGUCCCAGGAUUGUCAGAGCUACAUAAUAGAGACCUGUCUCAAAAAAUAAAAAAUAAAAUAAAAUACCCAGCUAAAUGAAUGGGGGCGGAUGUUUAGAGAGACGCUAAGUUGGUGCUUCAUUUUUUUCACUCAAUAAACUGCUGAGCAAGUUAGAAAUGUUUGGCCUCCUCUACUCAAUUCUCAGUGUUUUUCAAGAUUCAAUGCCAUGCUUUGUCCCAGAAGCAAAUCUGCAUGUGUCAUUUGUCUCAAAAUGGUGUACGCUAGCUCUACUUUCCAGUGUAUGAAUGGACUCUGGGUGGAGAAGUAUCUAUUUCUAGGAAAUGUGUAUGAAUCUGCAUAGCGUGGGUAUUCUCCUACGCAGCAGAAGUUUGGCUCUAUUCUGUGAGGCAGCCAUCUAGUGGACGUUUGUGAGGUUACUUUUGCCUUCCUCGUGAUCUUGUGGGUGGGGUGAGGGGGCGGGUGAUGGCUAGAUGAGGUAAAAACACUGUUCUGGAUGCCUACAACAGACUUCACACUCCUGGAUUUGUUCUGGAACUUACAUCACUAAUAGGCAGACACUACUGUUACUCACGGGCUAUUUUAUCGUAUUUUAGCACACAAGCCACGGCCCUUCGCAAGUGGCUUCUUGCUGAUUUUUUUAUUAUAAGCUUCUCAGUGAUUCUUAUCAUUAAAGGACCAGUAAGCAAGAUGCUCAGAUUGAGCCAGCCCAGUCCACAGAGUGAGUUCCAGGACAGCCAGGGCUACACAGAGAAAAUAUGUCUCAAAAAACAGAAAAUAAAAAGUAUGCUCAAAUUGUCUAAGACUGUAACAUUUGCUGUGGAGGGACCAUGACUACCUCUGAGCUUAUUAAAUUUAUCUGUUUAUCAAUAAAAAAAUUCAUUUAGUGAA